UAGGCUUCCUCAUAUGCUCAAGAGUUUCCAGGGGACUGGCAGGGCCCCUUCUCCUCACUGCCAAGUUGCAAAAUUGUGUGGUCACCUCCCCCAGCUUCCCUCCCUCCUAUGCCCUCAGUCCUGGCCUCCUAGAGCCAGGACAAAGCCCUCAGGCAGUGACUGGGAGGGGAACAGGAGGAGGGACAGAGGGAUGGGGAAGGCUGCACAAAGGAAUUCCUCACAUCAAGCCCCCUGACUGCCAGCUCCAGAGAGUAAAGAAGCCGACCUCCUCUCCAGCUAACUCCCGGGCGCCCAUCUUCCCACCAAGGCUGUGCUCGGGUCAUAGAGCCUCUCCAGACCUUCCAAGAGGACCCACACUUCUUCCUGUAGGUGGCAUCAGUGACACCUGUUUGACCAGUGAGGCUGAGCCAGGGACUGCAAGAGGGAGGAGGCAGACAACUCGGAGAGGAGCUGGGAGGCAGAGCUGCUGGCUCGCUUGCUCACUGAGUAAAAGGUGUGAGGGCUCGGGAAGGCUGGGGGCUACCGCUGGGAGCUGGGAAGCGAAGAGCCGCUCAACCGGGGAGGGAUGGAAUCCUGGGGACUAAGCAGCACCCCUGUCAGAUGCCCUGCUCCGGGUCUUUCAGACUGGCCAGAUCCUGAUUCCAUCUUCCAGGCAACUCUUGAGGGAGGCCUUCACCAUGGCAGAGUCCCCCGGCUGCUGCUCCGUCUGGGCCCGCUGCCUCCACUGCCUGUACAGCUGCCACUGGAGGAGACAUCCUAAAGAGAAGAUACAAACCAGCAAGUGCGACUGCAUCUGGUUUGGCCUGCUCUUCCUCACCUUCCUCCUGUCCCUGGGAUGGCUGUACAUCGGGCUCAUCCUUCUCAAUGAUCUGCACAACUUCAAUGAAUUCCUGUUCCGCCAUUGGGGACACUGGAUGGACUGGUCCCUGAUAGUCCUGCUGGUCAUCUCUCUCCUGGUCACAUAUGCAUCCUUGCUAUUGCUCCUGGGCCUGCUCCUGCAGCUCUGUGGACAGCCUUUGCAUCUUCACAGUCUCCACAAGGUGCUGCUUCUCUUCAUUAUACUUCUAGUGGCCACUGGCCUUGUGGGACUGGAUAUCCAAUGGCGACAGGAGUGGCAUAGUUUACGACUGUCACUGCAGGCUACAGCCCCAUUCCUUCACAUUGGAGCAGUUGCUGGAAUCACCUUGUUAGCCUGGCCUGUGACUGACACCUUCUACCGCAUCCACUGGAGAGGUCCCAAGAUUCUGCUACUGUUCCUAUUUUUUGGAGUCACUCUGGUUAUCUACCUGACGCCCUUGUUCAUCUCUUCCCCCUGCAUUAUGAAACUCAGAGAUUUACCUCCCAAGCCUGGGUUGGUGGGACACCGAGGCGCCCCCAUGCUGGCCCCUGAGAAUACCCUGAUGUCCCUGCGGAAGACAGCUGAAUGUGGAGCGGCUGUGUUUGAGACAGAUGUGAUGGUCAGCUCUGACGGAGUCCCCUUUCUCAUGCAUGAUGAGCGGCUGAGCAGGACUACCAAUGUAGCCUCCGUGUUUCCAGAGCGAAUCUCAGCCCACAGCAGUGACUUCUCCUGGGCUGAACUGCAGAAACUCAAUGCUGGAACCUGGUUUCUAGAGAGGCGACCUUUCUGGGGGGCCAAAAAGCUGUCCGGCUCUGAUCAGAAGGAGGCUGGGAAUCAGACAGUACCAGCAUUAGAGGAAGUGCUGAAGGAAGCAGCAACCCUCAACCUUUCUGUCAUGUUUGACUUGCGCCGACCCCCAAGAAACCACACGUACUAUGAUACUUUUGUGAAUCAGACGGUGGAGGCCGUGUUGAGUGCAAGCGUGCCCCAAGCCAUGGUUCUUUGGCUCCCGGAUGAAGACCGUGCUACUGUGCAACAACGGGCUCCCAGAAUGCGCCAGAUAUAUGGAUAUCGGGGUAGCAACGGGACUGAGAGGCCCCAGUUUCUCAACCUCCCCUACCAAGACCUGCCUGUGUUGGAUAUCAAGGCACUGCACCAGGAUAAUGUCUCUGUGAACCUGUUUGUUGUGAACAAACCCUGGCUCUUCUCCCUGCUCUGGUGUGCAGGGGUAGAUUCCGUCACCACCAAUGACUGCCAACUGCUGCAGCAGAUGCAGUACCCGCUCUGGCUUAUUCCCCCUCAGAAGUACUUAAUGAUAUGGGUCAUCACCGACUGUGCCUCCAUUCUGCUACUUUUGAGUAUCUUCCUCCUCCGAGGGAGAUGUGCUGGGAGAAGCAGAACAGGCUUAGAAACAGCAGUGCUACUGACCAAGAUCAAUAAUUUCACCUCAGAGUGAAUUCUGGGCCCAGGUCCCCACCAGCUGCUGUCUAAGACUUGUGUGCACUGGUCAAUGGGAAGGACAGGAGCUGAAGUGGAAUGUCCUGGAAUUAAAAGUUUGGAGGAGGGAGCAUUGCAAACAGAAGAUUUUGAACUAAGAGGGCCCUCUGUCCAGAUGGUGGGUAUGUCUCAAGCUGCCAUGGAAUUUGCUGCCUUUGGUGUUUUGACAUGAAUUAGUUGGAAAGACAGUGACUGACAAGAAGUUACUCCCAAAAUGAAAUUAAAGCAAGGAAGUGAGAGAGAUUGCCAAGAUAAUGCAUUAGGCUUGUGUGCACAUGUACUUGGAUAGAAGAUGCAGGGUGUGUCAGGGUGAGAUAGCUCAGAAUGAUGACUGAAGGAAAUUUGGCCACAAUGACCUUUCUCGAAGAACUCUUAAGAUGAUGAAGACUGUCCACACUCCAUGCCUUCUCUCCUCACCGUCACAAUUCAGCUUCUUCUCUGCCUACAGGCUGGGAGUGAAAAAACCUCAUUUAGCAAUGUAAUAUUGUGUCUACGGUAGGUUUUUGUUGUGAGCAGUCAAUGGUUCCUGUGUCUUGCCUGUUAAUCUGUUAUUCAAUGAAUUUUUAAUUGUCA